GGCAAUCCACCGGAAAAGUCAGCCGGCCAAACGGCUAAACGGACUUUUGAUGGGGCGGCCUCCUCGAUGCCGUUCUCGUGGCGACUGCUUCCGUCAACGGAGGGACAGGAGGUCAUCCCCACUUCGGAUCGACCGGGCGAGUGACAGAGAUGGACGGAGGAGCUGCGGGUUCCAGUCCUCCGCCGCCGGAACCGCCGCCGCUUCACCCGGCGAUAGCCCCUCUUUCCUUUCUACUGGGGAGGUGGAGAGGGGAAGGAGAGGGCGGUUUCCCGACCAUCAAUUCCUUCCGCUACGGCGAAGAACUCCAAUUUUCCCACUCCGGAAAGCCUGCGAUAGCAUACUCCCAGAAGACAUGGAAGCUGACCUCCGGAGAGCCGAUGCACGCCGAGAGCGGCUACUGGCGGCCCAAACCCGACGGCUCCAUCGAAGUCGUAAUUUCCCAAAGCACCGGUCUUGUGGAGGUCCAGAAGGGUUCCUAUGAUGCUGAACAAAAGAUUGUGACACUUCAAAGUGAACUAGUUGGGAAUGCUGCAAAGGUGAAGGAAAUUACCAGAGUUUUUAAAGUGGCAGAUGGUAAUCUCUCUUAUGUUGUUCAGAUGGCUACGCAUCUGACCAGCCUUCAACCACAUCUCAAAGCACUACUUAAGAAGAUUUGACAUAAAUAUGUGAUGCGACUGUUGAAGCAAAUAUUGGCUUAAAUGAAAUGAAGCUUUUUUACUGUUGGACCAAAAAUAAUCAUGUUUAAUAAUUAUAACGAUUGUUAUUAGUCACUCUAAAAAUAUAUUAAUUUGCUGUACCAAGUUUCUGCUUUAUUUUGAA